AUGCGUGCCUUGUCACCGGGUAAGCGCGGCGGCGCAUCUGGCACGGAUGGGAAAGGCUCCCCUGGCGCUCUCGAGAUACCUGCCCCUGGGUCCGCAACGCUCUCCACGCUGAAGGAUGUAGCCAUCUACGAUGCCAAGCUCGGUGCGUGGCUUCCCGUGCGUGUGGUGGGCAGCGGCGCCGUGCCCUCCGCGCGGUACGCAGCAGCUGUCGCAGCAGUGCCGAUGCCUGCGGCCGCCUCCCCGUCAAGCCGCCACUGCCGUCCCGUCGUGGAUGCCGUGCAGCGCGAGGUGCUGGUCGUCGGCGGCCUCGACGCCAGAGGCGCGGUGUGUGCCGACGCGUGGGUGAUGCAGGUAGUGAGCGGCGCCGAUGCAGUGCUUGCAGAAGUGCCUGCCGGCCCGCUGGCGGACAGUACGAGCACAGCGGCGCCAGUGGUAAAGGUUCGCUGGGUUCGAUUGGAGUUUCCGACAGCGGUGGCUCCUGUGUUUCAGCGCCACCACGCCGCCGUUGCUGUCUCAAGUCAGCGCAUGGUAUACCUCGUUGGCGGCUGUGGGCCACAUGGUGCCGCAGAGCCGUGCGUCUGCACGCUGGAGCUGCCACCCUUGUCAAGCGCGUCAGUGCGAUUCGCUGAUGAGGCAAUCGGGGACGCGGAGGACUCAGCGCAGAAACGAACAUCCACGAGCCCGAAGGGUCGCUCAGCGUGA